GCCCAGCACGCGUCUCCGGGGGCUUCAGGGCCCUGCCGAGGACGGGCUCAGACGUCGCCCCCUCCCAGCCAUCCCGCUGGAAGCCGAUCAGAAAUCACAUGUUUCUUCAAUGAGAGCUAUACUGAUCCUUCUACAGUACUGCUGGUGCAGACAUUUUUCUAAGUAGUCCUGGAUGGCCUGACUUUGCUUACUCAGACAAGGAUGAUAUAAGGAGGUGAUUUGACCAAUCUGCUUUUUAUUUUGGAAGCCUAUCUUGUGAAUUAGGAAACAUUGUUUUUGUCAGACUGAACUUUAACAACUCAUUCUCAAAAAUGCUAAGAUACUGGGGAGAAAUCCCAAUAUCAUCCAGCCAAGCUAACAGAAGCUCCUUUGAUUUGCUCCCACGGGAGUUUCGUCUGGUGGAAGUCCAAGAUCCACUCUUGCACCAACCCUCUGCCAAUAAGCCACGGCCAACCACCAUGCUGGACAUCCCAUCUGAGCCUUGCAGCCUCACCACCCACACAAUCCAACUUAUCCAGCACAACCGGCGCCUACGAAGCCUCAUUGCUACAGCCCAGGCUCAAAUGCAGCAGCAGGCAGAGGGCAUCAAAACUGAAGAGAGUGAACCACUUCCAUCUCGUCCCGCUUCACCUCCCCUCCCUGAUGACCUGCUUUCUUUGGAUAACAAGACAGGCAAAAUGCCAUUCCAGAUCAGGCAUAGUGACCCAGAGAGUGACUUUUACCGAGGAAAGGGGGAACCUGUGACUGAACUGAGUUGGAACUCCUGUCGUCAGCUGCUUUACCAGUCAGUAGCCACAAUCCUGGCUCAUGCGGGCUUUGAAUGUGCUAAUGAAAGUGUUCUAGAGACUCUCACCGACGUGGCCCAUGAGUAUUGCCUUAAAUUUACCAAGCUGCUGCGCUUUGCUGUGGACAGGGAGGCCCAGUUGGGACAGACUCCAUUUCCUGAUGUUAUGGAGCAGGUAUUCCAUGAAGUGGGCAUUGGCAGUGUGCUGUCGCUGCAGAAGUUCUGGCAGCACCGUAUCAAGGACUAUCACAGUUAUAUGUUACAGGUUAGCAAGCAGCUUUCUGAGGAGUAUGAGAAGAUUGUAAAUCCUGAGAAGGCUACAGAAGAUACCAAACCUGUGAAAAUCAAAGAGGAGCUUGUCAGUGAUAUCACCUUCCCUGUCAGUGAGGAGUUGGAAGGAGACCUGGCAUCUGGUGACCAAUCUCUACCUGUAGGAGUGCUUGGAGCGCAAAAUGAACGGUUCUCCUCUAACCUAGAGGUUGAAGCUUCCCCACAGGCUUCAGGUGCUGAGGUAAAUGCUUCCCCUCUUUGGAAUUUGGCCCCAGUAAAAAUAGAGUCACAGGAGAGUGAAGAAGGCACUGUCUCUGGACAUGGCGUGCUGGGCAGUGACGUCUUUGAAGAGCCCAUGUCAGGCAUCAGCGAGGCUGGGAUGCCCCAGAGUCCCAAUGGCUCAGAGAGCAGCUAUGGAUCCCACUCCCCUGACAGCCUCAUGGGAUCCUCCCCUGUCUUUAACCAGCGUUGCAAAAAGAGGAUGAGGAAAAUAUAAGAGGAAAAGGAGGAGCUUUUUCUUCCAAACCAAUAAGGUGACAACUAUACAAGAACUCUUUCCCACUAACAGUGAAUUGAUGUGGAGGGGUCCAGAGGCUGUUUCCAGGAUCUCCAGCAAUGGAUUUGGCCAACAGUGGUCUUUUCUGCUCUGUGGAGACUGUCAGCACAGUUUUGUAUGAACAAAAACUAAAACAGAAACCAAGGUGAUGAUCAUGACACCAGAGUUCUGUUUUGGCGUUAAUACUGAGUUUUGCAGUAGGAUCAAGUUACUUCACCGCUAAAUCUGGUUCCUCUUUUCUACCAUGAAAUACACAUACAUGCUACAACUAUCUCACUGAGAGCGAGCUAUGGAGAUUAAUUGUGGUGAUUUAUCAGAUUUAUUAAAGCUAUUACUUAAUAGCUAUGCUUAGAUGUAGGCCCUGUAUGUACUGAGGGAUUUUGUAUAUAUGUAUUUUAUUUAACUUCCUUCAUUAACAGAUGGAAGUCACUGUGAAUCAAAUAUUGGUGCCUAAAAGCAAAUGGCCAAAACCAAUAAAUGGCUUCUUCCACCAACUAA